GAUUUACCAGAUGACGUGAAAACAAACGGGAGACAAAAACUUUCGACCCAGCUUCUGGACAAGAGCAAUGACCUGAAACAGAAAGCUCUCAAGGCCAUACAGACGUGUCCUGACCUUGGCAGGCGGGCAGUCAUCCGGUCAACCCUGGACACUCUGGCCAAACUCACAUCUGACAUCGAUAGGGUAAUAAGAGGUAAAGUUAGUUCUUUUAUGGGUUCUUCUUAAGUCAGUGUAUAAAAAAAUUACCCCAUCAGCAUAUGCACAAGCACACUAAAGACCUUUAUUUUACUUUUGGGGGGGAGAGGGGGGGUAUUUUUAGGUUAUCUUUUGGGGAGAAAAUUUUCAAAUGCAAAAGUUAUUUUCGCUUUUUUAUAUUGUAUAAAAAAUUAUCGCAAAAUCUGGUCGUAACUCCACAUAGCAAAAAAGAAUACCGGUAUAUAAUUUGUUUUAUUAAUUUGUAAAAUUAAUUACAAAUAAACUGAUUCAUCAAGCCACUGAUGAGACAACCAACUGGUAUUUUCUCUUUUCUACACCCAGACUUGAUUCUAAGGGUUGCGUUUAAAAAAAAUGUACACUGAGCCGUUUAUGAUUUUUUUUGUAAAAAUGAUAAUUUUUGUUGUAAUUUUUAUCAAUUUUUUGUUUGAUUGCAUUGUUGACUUUCAGAGAAUACAUCCUUAUCAAAGGCAGACAUUGUGUUUCUGAUUAAUUUAAGAUAAUACAAUCAUAUCAGAGGCAGACAUUGAAUUUCUGAAUAAUUUCAGAUAAUACCACCAUAUCAGAGGCAGAAAUUGAAUCCCUGUCUGAGCAUUGGGCAGCAAGGAUGAAGAAGCUUCUCGUCAGUUUGAAAAAGAUGGAAGGUGUACGACCAUCUACAGUAGCGGGUAGGCACAUUCUUCUAUUUAUCUCCAAGGAUUUAUAUGGAAGGGGGAUUUUUAACACACAGCAAGGGUUCCAAGACACAAAGUGUAAUACACACGUAGGUGUGUAAUUCGCACACAGUAAGGUGUGUAAUUAAUUUCAAAACUUAGGCUAUAUUCAGCAAGAACCAUUUGGUGUACUCUUGUGUAUUUUUACAUGUGGCCUGAGAACUGGUCCACAAAAUUGGUUGAAGAUCCUCUGCAUAAAAAAGGUUUGAGAUUCCUGUUUUUGUUUUUUCUUUAAUACAAAAAUCUACCAACAACUUGCGCAAUUCUUGUAAUAUCUUUUCCAGAGCUUGAAAACUUAAACAGAGGUCACAUGAGCAACAUUCCACCUGGGAACCACCAACUUUACCAGCAGCAACACUCUGGGGGUUUGGGCCAGCAUCAGGACUCUCACGGUGGAGCAUCACAUUAUCCAAAUGACCGGCUUCAGCAGCAUUCCCAGAUCACAGUUGUGCCACAUCAACCACCUCUCCUGGCAGGGCCACAUCACUCGCAGGGUGACUUGCUUGAACUGAGCGGAAUACAGCACCAAAGGCACUUAAAUCAGUCUCAGCAUCAUUUACAGCCACAGCAACAUCUUCAACCACAGCAGCAACUACAACUUCAAACACAUCUUCAACCACAACAAAAUCUUCAACCACAGCAACAUUUACAACAACAGCAACAUCUCCAACCACAUCUUCAAUCACAGCAGCAUCUUCAGUCACAGCAACAAGUUCAACCACAGCAGCACUUACAACCACAACAUCUACAACCACAGCAGCACCUACAACCGUGGCAACAUCUCCAGCUGCAACAACAUCUUCAUAUCUCUACCUUAAAGAACCAACAACAGCAACAUUCUUUAACUGACCGUUCGCAUCAACUGCACCAAGGACACCCUGACAUGGUUCAUCCCCCGGCUACUCCUCUGAGCCACAAAGGCUGGGCACCUGGACAUGCACAGCCAAACAGUGGACGUGAACCAGCCCAUUCCGACAUGUUAACCCCUUCCGUCAGGAGGACUCUCAACCUGUCACAGACACCCCAAAGGUAAACUACUUUCUCCACUGUCAACUGCACUUUGUUUACCUGAAAACAACCUCACAAUGAGGUCAAAUUUAAAAGCAUCUGAGCAUCAUUAAAAACAUCAUUCAUAGCAGCAUUCAUGUUCUUCAUUCAUAGCAGUAUUCAUGGUAUCAUUCAUGGCUUCAUUCAUGGCUUCAUCCAUAGCAGCAAUCAUAGCAGCAUUCAUGGCAUCAUUCAUGGCUUCAUCCAUAGCAGCAAUCAUAGCAGCAUUCAUGUUCAUGGCAUCAUUCAUAGCCUCAUUCAUAGCAUCAAUCCUGACAUCAUUCAUGGCAUCAUUCAUGGCAUCAUUCAUGGCAUCAUUCAUGGCAUCAUUCAUGGGAUCAUUCAUGGCAUCAUUCAAGGCUUCAUUCAUGGCAUCAUUCAUGGCAUCAUUCAUGGCAUCAUUCAUAGCUUCAUUCAUGGAAUCAUUCAUGGCAUCAUUCAAGGCUUCAUUCACGGCAUCAUUCAUGGCAUCAUUCAUGGCUUCAUUCUUGGCAUCAUUCAUGGCAUCAUUCGUAGCUUCAUUCAUCGCUUCAUAAAUUGAAUAUGUUCAGAUUGAAUGAGCUGUUAUGUCAUUGACAGAUAUGUAUCAUACGGACAAUUAGGAUUGGCAUCCAUCUGAUUAUUUCUAUUUAAAACUGGAUUUUGGUCCAUGUAAUUAAAUAUGGGACAGACCAGAUUCCACUUUACUAACAACCGAUACAUUUCCUCUCUCUCACUGUCAGUGGCCAUGCUGACACAACUAUGUCGACUCCUAUGGGGAAGUCUGUCAAUGUGCUGCUGGUGAGUUUUAUGUUUGUCCUCAUAAGUUUUUUGUUGUUGUCAUAAUAUGUUUUAUGUUUGUUUAUAUCAGUGGUAUGAAGGGAAAUAUAGAAACCCUGGGAACCUUUCAUUGGGUAUCACUAUGUCUUAGUAUUUUUACUGUCUUAGUAAGCAUCACUGUGUAUUAGUAUUACUGUCUUAGUAAGCAGCACUGUGUAUUAGUAUUACUGUCUUAGUAAGCAUCACUGUGUAUAAGUAUUACUGUCUUAGUAAGCACCACUGUGUAUUACUGUCUUAGUAAGCACCACUGUGUAUUAGUAUUACUGUCUUAGUAAGCAUCACUGUGUAUUAGUAUUACUGUCUUAGUAAGCAUCACUGUGUAUUAGUAUUACUGUCUUAGUAAGAGUUACUAUUUAUAAGUAUGACUAAGUAAGUAUAACUAUUCAUUAGUAAUUAUAUUACUAAUCAUAAGUGUGACUGUCUAAGUAAGUAUUACUAUUCAUUAGUAAUUACUGUCUUAGUAAAUAAUACUAUGUAUUAAUAAUACUUUACAUAAUUUCAGAGUGAUGCACAAUAUUUGGGCUAUCGUCUGAAUAGGUGGCAUGACAAAAUGGGACACGUCGAAGGGCAAGUACGUUCAAAGGUUGUCAAGGAUGCCCUUGAGAUGGCCAGAUUGUGUUCUGACAUGGCCAUGUUCACUAGAGGACAAGGACCUUUCAAGGUAGUCAUUUUGUUAACAAAAUGAUUAAAAACUAUUUAUUCAUAAAAUUAACUUUCUUAUGCCUUUUACCCCCGUCUUGGACAUUGUCCGUCCACAAGAAUUUUCCAUUUAUCUCGGUCCCAGGCUUUUCUUUCUAGUUGCUUCCAGGUGUAUCCCAUACUUUGUGUGUCUGCCUCUGGCUCAUGUCUCCAUGUAUUCUUUGGCCUUCCUCUCUUUCUUUUUUUUCCCUGUGGAUUCCAUGUUAGGGAUUGUCUGGUGAUAUUAUCUGAGGAUUUACAAAGAGUAGGCCCUAUCCACCUCCAACUUUUUCUUAUGAUGUCUUCAUCAAUAGGCUCCUGGUAUAUCCUUUCAAAAUUAAUUAGCCUUUUGAUUAUUUAAUUGGGUUCAAAGCUCACAUUUGGUAUCUAUUCUAUUUAACUCAGAAUUUAAUUAUUUCUAUUCAUUGCAUCACCUUCUAUGCCUUUUCAUUAUAAAUUACUUCAUAUCAUUAGUAGUUGCAUACGAUCCUAUCAAUACAUACUUCGGAGCAGUUAUGUCAAGCUACCAUAAAGUACUUCAUAGUAUCAAUUUCCAGGAACAGUCUUAAAAUAAUAAAGGGUUCAAUUGUAUUUUGUCUUUGUACUGUUGACUUUUCACACACUACUGUCAUGUAACCACUUCAAGAAACUGAAAUUAACUAAAGAUUUAUUUUCUUCACCUUUUGUUUCUCCAGAGUUCUGAAGAGGUGAUAGGAGCGGCUGUGGCCAUUGUGAAUCACAGCCACAACAUUGAGGCCUUCGCCAGCAGGCUGCUGACAUUAGCUGGUCAGAACUGGUACGGACUUUGAUAUACAGUUAACAAAAUGAAUGCUUAUAUUAUUCUCAGGCCCUAUUUAAACACAAGACAUCUAAACUAUUUCUCUAGUGUAAAAAUCAACCAACAGUGAACUCCCUUAUUGACAACAUUAACUUAAUUAGUGAUCAUUUAGAUUUGGUAACUGCUCAUCUGAUUAGCAGAAUAUUUUACCUGUACCCCGUUAUGUUUAUGCGUAGUCUUGACAAGUUGAGCAUAGGUAAAUGGUUUUGAGUCAUUGCUAUCUAUCUCUUUGUUAAGUCAUUGCUAUCUAUCUCUUUGUUUAGAGCCAUUGCUAUCUAUCUCUUUGUUUAGAGUCAUUGCUAUCUAUCUCUUUGUUUAGAGUCAUUGUUAUCUAUCUCUUUGUUUCGCAGGCUUUCUGACCACCUGAAGAUGUGUAUCAUGAAAAUCAAUGGCUGCUCGACUCAGCUACACAUCAUUGCCACAGCCUUACAUAACUCACCCAAGUCAUAUCAGGUAAAUGAAAACUCCACUCACCCUAUUACACCAGGUAAAUGAAACCAUUUCACAACUCACACCAGGUAAAUGAAACCAUAAUACAAGGGACAUCGGGUAAAUGAUCUGAUAGCACAACUCAUGUGUAAAGGAAACCAUUGCACAACUCACAUCAGGUAAAUGAAACCAUUGCACAACUCACUCUAGGUAAAUGAAACCAUUGCACAACUCACACCAGGUAAAUGAAACCAUUGCACAACUCACUCUAGGUAAAUAAAACCAUUGCACAAUUCACAUCAUGUAAAUAAAACCAUUGCACAACUCACACUAGGUAAAUGAAACCAUUUCACAACUCACACCAGGUAAAUGAAACCUUGCACAACUCACACCAGGUAAAUGAAACCUUGCACAACUCACACCAGGUAAAUGAAACCAUUGCACAACUCACGCCAGGUAAAUGAAACCAUUUCACAACUCACAUCAGGUAAAUGAAACCAUUGCACAACUCACAUCAGGUAAAUGAAACCAUUGCACAACUCACACCAGGUAAAUGAAACCAUUGCACAACUCACUCUAGGUAAAUGAAACCAUUGCACAAUUCACAUCAUGUAAAUAAAACCAUUGCACAACUCACACUAGGUAAAUGAAACCAUUGCACAACUCACACCAGGUAAAUGAAACCUUGCACAACUCACACCAGGUAAAUGAAACCUUGCACAACUCACACCAGGUAAAUGAAACCAUUUCACAACUCACAUCAGGUAAAUGAAACCAUUGCACAACUCACACUAGGUAAAUGAAACCAUUGCACAACUCACACCAGGUAAAUGAAACCAUUUCACAACUCACAUCAGGUAAAUGAAACCAUUGCACAACUCACACUAGGUAAAUGAAACCAUUGCACAACUCACACCAGGUAAAUGAAACCAUUGCACAACUCAUACCAGGUAAAUGAAACCAUUUCACAACUCACAUCAGGUAAAUGAAACCAUUACACAACUCACACCAGGUAAAUGAAACCAUUGCACAACUCACACUAGGUAAAUGAAACCAUUUCACAACUCACAUCAGGUAAGUGAAACCAUUGCACAACUCACACCAGGUAAAUGAAACCAUAGCACAACUCAAACCAGGUAAAUGAAACCAUUGCACCAAUCACCCAAGUCAAUUAAGGUAAAUGACAGGACUAUGUUGUACUCCAAUUUGUACCAGUAUAUCAAAAGUACAAAAACCUUGUACAUUUCAGUCUCUGCUGUGACAUUGCUGUGCAAAAUAAAACAUCACCAUAAUAAUAAGCAUUUAGAAAAGAAAAUGAGUUUUUAAAUUCGAGGCAGGCCACCUGCAGUAGUUAAAGUUUCACAAUGUCGAUCAUGUUCACAUGUCCACACAUUCAUGAAAGAGACUCACCAAAAUUUAGCGCACUAAAAAAAUACAGGGUGAUAUCAACCCUUACCUCAGUCUCUGCAUUGUUCAAUCUAACCCAUGCUGCACAAUCCCCAAGGGUAUCCAUCAACCCUUAUCUCUUUGUCUGCAUUGUUCAAUCUAACCCAUGCUGCACAAUCCCCAGGGUGAUCGUAUUUUGGUGCGCAAUGCCUCCAAUCUGCUGACCACAGUCAGGCAACUGUUUGCUCUUGUGGAGAGUAUUGCCGCAAUGGUAAGGCAUCAUUUUCCUUAUAAUUUUUUAUAUAUUUUUUUUUGUAUUUAUAUUAUUUAUGUUGUUAUAUUAUUUAUAUUUUCAUCUUACGAAUUACAGAAGUGGCCCAAAAGAGUCCAUCAAAUCUCCAAAUAAAAUAAAUUAUUUUGAGCUGGGUGAAUGUGUCAUCAUUUUGACAUAAGAUAAGAUCCACUGAAGAUUUGACAAAAAUUUUAUCCGCUGAAGAUUGUCAAUUAAUUUACAACUGUUUGUCUAUUUGUUGAAUAUCAAAGCUCCGAGAUCACAGUAUUAUUAAAAGAAAAAAAUAAUCUAGUAAUAGACUACUGCCCUGAUUUGAAAAAUCUCCCAUCAUCAUGGCAAAAAAAAAAAGGUGAUUCUGCCUGAUUGUAAAUAAAUAACAUGAAUGCGGCAUAUACAACAAACAGAUGGUUGCGUGUUGGAUGUUUGUUUCCAUGGCAGUCCAUGCUGUUUUUAAUUGCUGUGUCAUAGACUGGGUUAUAGAUGUGUCGAGGGAAUGGUAUAUGAAGUACAUUUAAUGCGAGUCCCUAGUUUUAGUGGGUCACGGGAUAAAAAUGAUUUUUUAAAAAAAACUGCUCCUUAAAGCUUUUCUUCUUCUUUAUUGCCCAUGAUCAAUGUAUUGAUCAUUCUGGCUCAUAUUUAUGUAGAGGGUUUCUCGAUGUUUCUGUGCCUAAUAUUAAAUAGGAUAUUUCACUGAUUGCAUGGGCUACUCAGCAAGGAUAUCAGGAGCUGGGGGUGGAAGGCAUGAGGCUACAGACGCAAAUGGGCCUAGUGUUGUCGCCUCAACUGUCCCUUUUGGAAGCUUGUUCCAGUCCCUUUUAAACAAGUAGAGAUUUUGGUUUCAUUCAUAAUAACUCUGGAAGCAGAAUUGUAAUAAUCUCUGCUUAGACACUGCAGAAGAUUUAAGAAACCUUGCAAAAUGUUGUUGUUUUUCUUCUACAAUUGCCUAAUGUUAAAAUCCUUUAGGCAGGUUUAUAACGAUACAAAUUUGAAAGAUAUAUUUUAUUUAAAUGCACUGGUAUAUCCAUGUAAAGCUUAUGUUUUUCCAUUCAAGUUUAAGAUCCAAAAUAAAUAAGUUGAUUUCAGAGUUCUAAGUGGCCAGCCUACCAGCAUGAGCAAUCUGUUUUUUUACGAGUUGUAAUUUCAUAUCAACGAUGGGUUGCCUCACUUUCAGGGCAUUCAAGAGCCAGGCUCGAGUGAUGAACUAACCAAAGAAAUUAUCUCCCUGCUUGUAAAUGUUCACCUCGACAACGAACGUUACAUUCAGGAGAGCAGAAACACCAGUGAGGUGGAUGAACUGGGCCUCAGGAGGGUGGAAUUUCACAGUCCGCCGUCUCUGGCCUCACUGGUUGAUUUUGUGGAACCUGACCAAUCAGAAACUGGGGAGUUUGAGUCUAACGGCUCUCAGUAAUUACACAGCAGAUGGUUUUCAGUCAAGCAAAAACUAUUCCCAGGCUGUGUGGACCCUAGUCUAAAUCUGUACAAACGUAUUUGCCAUGUUGACCAGUAACAUGGAUCUUGUUUGAACACAAUAUUAUUUUUUUUGUAUACUUGUUAUCUUUACCUUAUUUUGUUUUUCCAGUCAAAUGACAGCCACUGUUUAAUGUGGUUCUCUAAAGUGCCUUUAUAAGUCGUCAUUUUUUGGCAUUCCCAGUAUCACAUUUACUUUAAUUGACCUGGCAUUGUUUACAUAUCACACUUUUAACCACCUUAUCUCGAAUUGUUAACAAAUCGCAUUUUUAUUUACUUAACAUAUUGCCUGAAUUAAUUUAUCUGGCAAGGGUUACCUAUCACACCUAUAUUUAUAAGGGACAUAUUUUGUG